UUGCCACCGUCGCAAAUCAAUCUAUAUUUCUCGCCCUCCAGCUUCGAGCAGCUCUGCAUUAAUUUUGCCAACGAGAACCUGCAACAGUUCUUUGUGCGUCACGUCUUCAAACUGGAGCAGGAGGAGUACAACCUGGAAAAUAUCAACUGGCAGCACAUUGAAUUCACGGACAAUCAGGAUGCUCUGGAUAUGAUCGCCAUCAAACCCAUGAACCUCAUUUCCCUCAUCGACGAGGAGAGCAAAUUCCCCAAGGGAACGGAUGCCACCAUGCUCAACAAGCUGAAUUCUCAGCACAAGCUGAACAUCAAUUACAUCCCACCGAAAAACAACCACGACACCCACUUUGGCAUCAACCACUUUGCCGGCGUUGUCUACUAUGAAACAAAAGGUAGUGUUUUGUUUGAUCGGGAGCUUUGCGUCCGCCAGCUGAGAUAUUCCGGGAUGAUGGAAACCAUCCGGAUCCGCAGGGCGGGCUAUCCAAUCCGGUAUACUUUUGUGGAAUUUGUCGACAGAUACCGAGUUCUGAUGCCGGGGGUCAAACCCGCCUACAAGCAGGGGGAUCUGCAUGGAACCUGUCAGCGCAUCGCUGAAGCUGUCCUGGGCAGAGAUGAUGACUGGCAGAUUGGCAAGACCAAAAUCUUCCUAAAGGAUCACCACGACAUGCUGUUGGAAAUUGAGCGGGACAAAGCCAUUACCGACAAGGUGAUCCUUAUUCAGAAAGUGGUUCGCGGAUUUAAAGACAGAUCUCAUUUCUUGAAAGUGAGGAACGCGGCACUCGUGAUUCAACGGAAUUGGAGACGCUACAACUGUCGGCGAAAUUACGAGGCUAUGCGAAUCGGCUUCCUGAGGCUCCAGGCUCUCUAUCGUUCCCGCAAGCUCCACCGGCAGUACCAUAUGGCUCGCCAGCGCAUCAUCGAGUUCCAGGCGAGAUGCCGAGGUUUCCUGGUGCGUCGCGCUUUCCGCCACCGCCUUUGGGCGGUUUUCACCAUCCAGGCCUACGGGCGAGGGAUGAUUGCCCGGCGACUCUACAGGCGGCUGAAAGGGGAGUAUUACCGACGGCUGGAAGCAGAAAAAUUACGUCUGCUGGAAGAGGAACGGUUGAGGAAGGAAAUGGGUGCAAAGAAAGCCAAGGAGGAAGCAGAAAAGAAACAUCAGGUGCGCCUGGCCCAGCUGGCUCUGGAAGAUGCAGAAAGAGAAAUCAAAGAAAAAGAAGCAGCUCGUCGGAAGAAGGAACUUCUGCAGAAGAUGGAGAAGGCUCGGAACGAACCCGUGAACGAUUCAGACAUGGUGGACAAAAUGUUUGGAUUCCUGGGAACGACGGCCUCGUUGCCAGGGCAGGAAGGACAGGCGCCCGAUGGCUUUGAGGAUCUCGAAAGAGUUGGGAAGAUGCUGCAAGAAGACGACUUAGACACGGCGCUCCCUCUCCCUGAGGAAGAACAGGAGGACCUGUCGGAGUAUAAAUUUGCCAAAUUUGCCGCCACGUACUUCCAGGGCACCACCACGCACACAUAUGUACGCCGGCCUCUGAAGCAGCCGCUGUUGUACCACGAGGACGAAGGAGACCAGUUGGCAGCCCUGGCGGUCUGGAUCACCAUCCUUCGCUUUAUGGGGGACCUUCCGGAGCCCAAAUAUCACACCGCGAUGAGUGACGGCAGCGAGAAAAUCCCGGUCAUGACCAAAAUUUAUGAGACGCUGGGGAAGAAGUCGUAUAAGAAGGAACUCCAGGCCCUUCAGAGCGAAGGAGAAAGUGCUCAUCUAGAUGGCCACAAGAAGAGCAGCGUGCGACAGAAACUGGUCUCCUUAACCCUCAAGAAAAAAUCAAAGUUAACUGAAGAGGAUCUCGAAAGAGUUGGGAAGAUGCUGCAAGAAGACGACUUAGACACGGCGCUCCCUCUCCCUGAGGAAGAACAGGAGGACCUGUCGGAGUAUAAAUUUGCCAAAUUUGCCGCCACGUACUUCCAGGGCACCACUACGCACACGUAUGUACGCCGGCCUCUGAAGCAGCCGCUGUUGUACCACGAGGACGAAGGAGACCAGCUGGCAGCCCUGGCGGUCUGGAUCACCAUCCUUCGCUUUAUGGGGGACCUCCCGGAGCCCAAAUAUCACACCGCGAUGAGCGACGGCAGCGAGAAAAUCCCGGUCAUGACCAAAAUCUAUGAGACGCUGGGGAAGAAGUCGUACAAGAAGGAACUCCAGGCCCUUCAGAGCGAAGGAGAAAGUGCUCAUCUAGAUGGCCACAAGAAGAGCAGCGUGCGACAGAAACUGGUCUCCUUAACCCUCAAGAAAAAAUCAAAGUUAACCGAAGAGGUGACCAAACGCCUUCAUGAUGGCGAGUCCACUGUCCAGGGGAACAGCAUGCUGGAGGACCGCCCAACAUCCAAUUUGGAGAAACUGCAUUUUAUUAUUGGGAACGGCAUCUUGAGGCCAACUUUAAGAGAUGAAAUCUACUGCCAAAUCUGCAAGCAGCUGACCCAGAACCCUUCCAAAAACAGCCAUGCCAGAGGAUGGAUCCUGGUGUCCUUAUGUGUGGGCUGUUUCGCCCCCUCUGAGAAAUUUCUCAAGUAUUUAAGGAACUUCAUCAUCGGGGGUCCCCCGGGGUACGCCCCUUAUUGCGAAGAGCGGCUGAGAAGGACGUUUGUCAACGGGACCAGGACGCAGCCCCCAAGCUGGCUGGAGCUUCAGGCGACCAAAUCGAAGAAGCCUAUCAUGCUUCCGGUCACGUUUAUGGACGGCACCACCAAGACCUUGUUAACCGACUCGGCCACCACAGCUAAGGAGCUUUGCAGCUCGCUGGCCGACAAGAUAAGUCUGAGGGACCACUUUGGCUUCUCGCUUUACAUCGCCCUCUUUGACAAGGUCUCUUCCCUCGGAAGCGGCAGUGACCACGUCAUGGAUGCCAUCUCCCAGUGCGAGCAGUUUGCCAAGGAACAGGGCGCCCAGGAACGCAACGCCCCCUGGCGGCUCUUCUUCAGGAAGGAGAUCUUUACCCCCUGGCACAACCCCACCGACGACUACGUUGCCACCAAUCUCAUUUACCAGCAGAUCGUCAGAGGGGUGAAGUUUGGGGAGUACCGGUGUGAUAAGGAGGAAGACAUGGCCGAGUUAGCUUCCCAGCAAUACUAUGUGGAUUAUGGAUCCGAAAUGGUCCUGGAGCGCCUCCUGAAUCUGAUCCCCUCCUACAUCCCGGAUCGAGAGAUCACCCCUUCCAAAACCGUGGAGAAGUGGGCCCAGUUUAUCAUCGCUGCCCAUAAAAAGGGAAUUUAUACUCAGAAGAGAGUGGACCCAAAGCGAGUUAAAGAAGAGGUGGUGGAUUUUGCCCGUUUUAAGUGGCCUUUGCUGUUCUCCAGAUUCUACGAAGCAUUUAAGUUUUCAGGUCCCAGCCUUCCGCAAAAUGAGCUGAUUGUAGCUGUGAACUGGACUGGGGUCUAUUUUGUAGAUGAACAAGAACAGGUCCUUCUGGAAUAUUCCUUCCCAGAGAUAACUGCGGUCUCCAGCAAUAGCGGAGGAAAACUCCAGGGGCAGAGUUUCACCUUGGCGACCAUCAAAGGCGACGAGUACACCUUCACCUCCAACAACGCAGAGGACAUCCGGGACCUGGUGGUCACCUUCCUGGAAGGGCUGAGAAAGAGAUCGAAAUAUGUGGUGACGCUGCAGGACAAUCCGAAUCCGGCUGGUGAUGAUUCCGGUUUUCUCAGCUUCCUGAAAGGAGAUUUGCUGCUUCUGGACCAAGACACGGGAGAAAACGUGAUGAACUCCGGCUGGGCCAACGGACUCAAUGAACGGACCAAGCAGAAGGGAGACUUUCCAACCGAUUCGGUCUACGUCCUGCCCACGAUGACCACGCCUCCCCCGGACAUCGUGGCUUUGGUUACUAUGACUCCGAAUCAGAGGCAAGAAGUCAUAAGGACAUCUCAGCUGGUGAUGAGUGACAGCGAGGAGAGGAUAAAGCCGUACACCUUGGAGGAAUUCUCCUACGAUUAUUUUAGGCCGCCCCCCAAGCACACCCUGAGCAGGGUGAUGAUCACCAAGAACCGAGGGAAGGACAAGCUCUGGUCCUACACGAGGGAGCCGAUCAAGCAGCCUUUGAUGAAGAAGAUCCUGAGCAGCGAAGAGCUAUCUCAAGAAGCGUGCAUGGCUUUCAUUGCCAUCCUGAAAUACAUGGGCGAUUACCCUUCCAAAAGGACCCGCUCGGUGAACGAGCUAACGGAUCAAAUAUUUGAAGGGGCCCUGAAGGCCGAAGCCCUCCGAGACGAGAUUUACUCGCAGAUCCUGAAGCAGCUGACGGACAACCACGUCAAGUACAGCGAAGAGAAAGGCUGGGAACUGCUCUGGCUGUGCAGCGGCCUCUUUGCGCCCAGUAACGUCCUGCUUCUUCACGUCCAGAGAUUCGUCCAGUCUCGGAAGCAUCACCCGCUCGCCCCCGACUGCCUGCAGAGGCUGCAGAAAGCGCUGAGGAACGGGUCUCGAAAAUACCCACCGCAUCUGGUCGAAGUGGAGGCCAUUCAGCAUAAAACAACGCAGAUUUUCCACAAAGUCUAUUUCCCGGACGACACCGAUGAGGCGUUUGAAGUGGAAUCUGGCACCAAGGCCAAGGAUUUCUGUCAAAGCAUUUCCAAACGGCUGCUCUUAAAAUCAUCGGAGGGAUUCAGCCUUUUUAUCAAGAUAUCGGACAAGGUCAUCAGUGUCCCCGAAGGAGACUUCUUCUUUGACUUCGUCAGGCAUCUGACCGACUGGAUCAAGAAAGCGAGGCCAGCAAAAGAUGGUCUUGUGCCUUCCCUCACCUACCAAGUCUUUUUCAUGAAAAAGCUUUGGACCAACACCAUGCCUGGGAAAGAUGCAAUGGCCGAUUCCAUUUUCCAUUAUUAUCAGGAAUUACCAAAAUAUCUUCGUGGCUACCAUAAGUGCAGCCGGGAAGAAGUCCUACAGCUUGGAGCCCUGAUCUAUAGGGUGAAAUUUGAAGAUGACAAAUCUUCUUUUCCUAAUAUUCCGAAACUUCUCAAGGACUUGGUGCCCGAACCGCUCAUUCGACAGCUGUCCCCGGAUGACUGGAAGAGAUCCAUCGUGGCCUACUUCAAUAAGCACGCCGGCAAAACGAGGGAAGAGGCGAAGUUGGCUUUCCUCAAGAUUGUCUUCCGGUGGCCCACGUUUGGCUCGGCUUUCUUCGAAGUGAAGCAAACCACUGACCCAAAUUAUCCAGAACUGCUCCUGGUCGCCAUCAACAAACACGGCGUCAGCCUCAUCGACCGUAAAAGCAAGGACAUCCUCAUCACCCAUCCCUUCACCAAGAUCUCCAACUGGAGCAGCGGGAACACCUAUUUCCAUAUCACCAUCGGCAAUUUGGUGCGAGGGAGCAAGUUGCUGUGCGAGACGUCGCUGGGCUACAAGAUGGACGACCUGCUGACCUCCUACAUCAGCCAGAUGCUGACAGCCAUGAGCAAGCAGAGGGGCGCCAAAGGGAGCAAGUGA